AUGGACGAGACGGCAGACGGCCCUGCCCAGCCGAGGACGCCGAAAGCAGUCUACAUGGACCAGCUGCAGCGCAUAGCAAACAGGGAGGUUGACAAGAUCUUGAUCGACUUGGACGAUGUGAAAGAAUACGAGCAGGCGCUGGAAGACGGCGGGGCCUCACUGAAGCUCGUGUCGUCGAUUGAGCGCAACGCACACCACUACAUUGAGAUCUUGUCGCGUGCCGUCGACAAGCUCAUGCCGCCAGCCAGCUCCGACGUCAGCUUCAAGGACGAUGUUAUCGAUGUCAUCCUCACUCAACGACAGAACGCGAAUCGUGUCAUGCAACAGACCCUCGACGACGAGCGCGAGCACAACGCUACCGAAUCCUUCUUCCCGCCUGCCCUGACCCGCCGAUACACCCUCAACUUCAAGCCCGUCACCCCUUCCGAGUCGAGCGAUGGAAAGAGCAGCAAAGCAAUGGCUGUCCGUCAAGUGCGCGGCGAACACCUGGGCCACCUCAUCACAGUGCGUGGUAUCGCAAUCAGAGUCUCGGAUGUCAAGCCUGCCGUUCAGGUCAAUGCCUACUCUUGUGAUCGUUGCGGUCAAGAGGUUUUCCAGCCCGUCACCACAAAACAGUACACCCCCAUGGUCCAGUGCCCCUCGGACGCCUGCCAGAAGAACAACGUCAAGGGUCAGCUCUUACACUCAACUCGAGCUUCCAAGUUCCUGGCUUUCCAAGAAGUCAAAAUCCAGGAAAUGUCAGACCAAGUCCCUGUCGGCCACAUUCCUCGUCAGUUGACCAUCUACUGCCACGGUCCUUUGGCCCGUCAGAUCAAUCCCGGUGAUGUCGUCGAUGUGGCCGGUAUCUUCCUUCCCACACCCUACACAGGCUUCAAAGCCAUCAAGGCGGGUCUUCUGACGGAUACAUAUCUCGAGGCUCAAUAUGUUCACCAGCACAAGAAGGCAUAUGAGUCGAUGGUCUUGGCUCCCAGCACUGUGCGCCGCAUGGCCGACCUGGAACAAUCUGGACAGCUCUACGAAUACCUGAGUAGAUCCAUCGCACCCGAAAUCUUCGGCCAUCUCGAUGUCAAAAAGGCUCUCCUCUUGCAACUGAUCGGUGGUGUGACCAAGGAGAUGGGUGACGGUAUGCGCAUUCGUGGUGACAUCAAUGUCUGCUUGAUGGGUGACCCAGGUGUUGCCAAAUCUCAACUGCUCAAAUACAUCACAAAAGUUGCCCCGCGUGGUGUCUACACAACAGGUCGUGGUUCAAGUGGUGUCGGUCUCACUGCUGCGGUCAUGAGAGAUCCUGUCACAGACGAGAUGGUUCUCGAAGGAGGCGCUCUUGUUCUAGCCGACAACGGUAUGUGCUGUAUCGACGAAUUUGACAAGAUGGACGACAGCGACAGAACAGCCAUCCACGAAGUCAUGGAGCAGCAGACCAUUUCCAUUUCCAAGGCCGGUAUCACCACAACUCUCAACGCACGCACUUCGAUCCUAGCAGCCGCCAACCCGCUGUACGGACGUUACAAUCCUCGCAUCUCUCCCGUGGAGAACAUCAAUCUGCCAGCAGCAUUACUGAGUAGAUUCGAUAUUCUCUUCCUUAUCCUCGACACUCCUUCGCGCGACGCCGACGAGGAUCUAGCUCGCCACGUCACUCACGUUCACAUCCACAACGCUCACCCCGAGCCUGCAGGCGGCGGUCUGAUCUUCUCACCCAACGAAGUCCGCCAAUGGGUUGCUCGCGCUCGUUCGUUCCGACCCACAAUCCCCAAAGCCGUUUCCGACUACCUCGUAGGCGCCUACGUCCGUCUACGCCAACAGCAGAAGCGUGAUGAGUCUGCCAACAAGACAUUCACCCACACAUCACCACGUACACUUCUCGGUGUGAUGCGUCUAUCACAAGCCCUCGCUCGUCUCCGUUUCGCGGAAGAAGUCAUCACGGACGAUGUGGACGAAGCAUUGCGUCUUACCGAAGUCAGCAAGGCUUCACUCUACGACGAUGAUCGCUCGCGCCGUGGUGACAUGAGCGUAAGCAGUCGCAUCUUCAACCUUGUGCGCGGUAUGCGUGAGAGCGGUGCCGCUGCUACUGGCGAAGGUCGUGGCGAGCUCGAUCUCCGCCGAGUGCGCGAACGUGUUCUUGCCAAGGGCUUUACUCUGCAGCAACUCGAGUCAUGUAUCGACGAGUACUCUGAUCUCGACAUUUGGCAAACUGCUGCUGAAGGUACUAGACUGGUAUUCAUCGAGGCUGGCGACGACAUGGAGGAUGAAGCGUAG